GAAGUGACAUAAACGUAAACUCUCAGCACCUGGUAAGACACUUUUCCUCCCUCAUCAGACAGUAUUCCUUAACCACACUGUUAAUUUCCAUACCCACACUGCGUUAUUUGCUUUAUGUCUUCUAUCUCAUCUCCGCCCAGUAAACGCUAAUCACCCUUUAAAACUGGAAUCAACUUUUAAUAAACUACGAAAAGAUUUACAUUCCUUUCUUUCUCUCCAUUAGCUCUUUGUUCCAGUUUCACCCAUGUACUUUAGCGUCAUCAGUUCCACCAUCUACAAGAGCCUAGAAAGCGCCUGAACUCCGUAAUUGGUCUGAGUUAGAGGCUCAGCGCAACCUGAAGGGCCAAAUCCCCAGGAUUUGGCGGGAUUUCCGAAAGCUGUACGCAGAGCGCGCGCUGCGGCUUGAGACCGAGGCGUAGGAGGAGGCGAGUGGCGCCUUAGGGGCGAGGUUGGAAGCUGAAACUCGUCUGGGUUUCGUGCAGAAGGCCGAAGCAAGGGAGUAGAGAAGCGGGGCACAAGCGAGGGGACCUACAGUCCGUCCGGGAUCGGGCGCGGGCGGGCCCAGCAGCCGGUAGUCCGAGUGUGCAGCCUGCCCUAGCGAAGCACGGCAGGUCCAGUAUUGCACACUGAGCAGUGGCUAUGGAGAUGCAGCUUGAAGCAAAUGCAGAUACUUCAGUGGAAGAAGAAAGCUUUGGUCCACAACCUAUUUCUCGAUUAGAGCAAUGUGGUAUAAAUGCCAAUGAUGUGAAGAAAUUGGAAGAAGCUGGAUUUCAUACCGUAGAGGCUGUUGCCUAUGCACCAAAGAAGGAGCUAAUAAAUAUUAAGGGGAUUAGUGAAGCCAAAGCUGAUAAAAUUCUGACUGAGGCAGCUAAAUUAGUUCCAAUGGGUUUCACCACUGCAACUGAGUUCCACCAAAGGCGAUCUGAGAUCAUACAGAUUACUACUGGCUCCAAAGAACUUGACAAACUGCUUCAAGGAGGAAUUGAGACUGGAUCCAUCACAGAGAUGUUUGGAGAAUUCCGAACUGGGAAGACCCAGAUCUGUCAUACAUUGGCUGUAACAUGCCAGUUCAGUGGAUCAGGAGUUUGGGAAAGGUACAGCAGAGGUAUCUCGUCUCUGCUCCACAGGGUCCAGGAACUCAGCUGGGAAGACUCAGCGCUGGGGGUGACAGCAGCUGGGGCCAGAUCCAGAGAAAGAAAGACACCUGUCAUCUGA